UCUUUCAAGUACUUGUUCUCCCUAUCAGACUAUUUUCGUAUAUCCAGAAUAAAUCGAAAAAUGCCGACUGCAGUAGUCACUGGAGCGAACAGCGGCGUGGGCCACAAGUUCGCAGAGAAACUCAUUGACGAGGGCUACACCGUCUACGCGACCGACGUCGUGAUCGGCGAGGCCCUCAACGGCCUGAAGACGGAGCACAAACAUCACCUGGACGUGUCCUCCCCUGCUUCGAUCACAACCUUUGCUCAAGAAUUCGGCGAUCAACCUCUCGAUAUCCUUCUCAACGUCGCAGGCGUCUUCAUACCCAGACCCCAAGACACGCUCGAGACGAUCUCACAAGACGCCCUAAACCGUAUCUUCCAAAUCAACACCUUCGGGCCUCUCCUCCUCACACAAGCCCUCCUCCCCAACCUCCUCUCCGCUGCCUCCCUCUCCUCCUCCUCCUCCUCCUCCUCCUCCUCCUCCUCCAGCAGACUCCCACCCCGCAUCGGCAACGUCUCCUCCCGCGUCGGCUCCAUAGCCGACAACUCCACGAGCGGUUCCUACGCCUACCGCGCGUCCAAAACCGCUCUGAACUCCUUCUCCAAAUGCAUCGCGCUUGAUCUCAAAGACAAAGGCGUUGUGGUCGUGAUAUUGCAUCCGGGGAUGGUAAGGACGAAUAUGGAUGCGGGGCAGGCGGGGGCGAAGGAGACGGUGGAGCCGGAGGUGGCGGUGGAGGGGCUUUGGGAGGUGUUGAGGGGGAAGGGGAUUGAGGAGACGGGGAGGUUUUGGCAUAGAGAUGGGUAUGAGUUGCCUUGGUAGUUGGUGGUGGUGGAGGUAUUGAAGAUUGAAGGGGAAUGAAAUUGAAGAUCGUGUAGGGGUCAAUGAUUGGGGGAAAGAAUACUUGUACGAACAGUGGCCAUGGAUUGUCGAGACUGUCAGACAUCUUGGGAUGUGCCAGUGCCAUACUUACGAAA